GGAAGAGGAGGUGGAAACAAAGAGCCUUUCGCCUCAGCUCGCUCCGUCUCGGCCACUGACUUCGCUUCUGGAAUCUCUGGGAAAGGAGGAAGACUGCCGGGGCCGCUGGGCAGGAUCAAGGCACUUGAAACUUCUAUCAUAUGAGUCAGUUAUGUGAGCAGUUCAGGAAUGGAUGAAACUGCUGAUUGUAUGAAGAUGGAGGCUGGAGACUAUGGGUUAGCUAAUCAUACUUCUGUGUUCAAGACUCUUCCUCUACAGCAGAACGCUCUCUCAGGAGAUCAGCUUCCAUUGUCUGGCAACAAGUUUUCAUCAAACAAGUUUGAUCGUCUGGAGAGGCCUUUUACUUGUCCGACUGGAAAUACUUCCUGCAGUUUCGGCUACUAUUCAGGACCUCCAUCCCCUGAGAGGUAUCAGGCAGCAGGACUGCAAAGACCAUUUGGAACAAGUGCUAAUGGGCAGUGGAGGAAUUGUGAUUCUACUCUGGGUCCCGUUUUACAGAAGCCUAGAGCAAACCGCAGCGUAUAUUUUGAUGCACGCAAAAGUCAAAGUGCGACAUCAAAUUCAUUUGCAGGGAAAUCGAAUCACCAUUGCCAUAUUUCUGCAUUUGAAAAAUCCUUUCCAAUUAAGUCUGUUACUAGUCCAUCAUGGAGUACUCCAUGUCGUCGGAGCUUACUAAGUCCCAAGAAAUCCCAAAGGAGAUCCAUCAGCACUGCAGAAGAGACAGUUCGAGAGGAAGAAAAAGAGAUUUACAGGCAGCUGAUUCAAAUGGUUACAGGGAAGAAAUGCUCAGUCUCAAAGUCCUCUUCGUUGUUGUCUCUCAACCUACCCAGAUGCACAGGUUCCAAUAAAAACCUUGUGAAAGAAGCUGAAAAUCAGAGUAGGAAACCUUUUGAAGCUUAUUGCCCCACCGCAGGCAACCAAUCAUCUGGUGUUCUCAGGACUCGGGAGCAACACUCUCACAAACCACUGCCCCAUCCAGUCCAUAAUUUCCCUUCACGUGUUACCUUUGAGCCCAAGGACACCAAUGCAGCAGCUCAGCAAAAUAGUGUGUCGGCAUUGGAUGUGCAUGCUGAAGGAUCUGACUCUGUCAUAAUGCUCAAUGGCCAAGACUUCAAAUCUCCAGCACCAAGCACACCUUUCUUUGAGGCUGAAUUGUGGAUCAAAGAAUUAACCAGCGUAUAUGAUUCCCGAGCCCGUGAGAGAUGGCGACAGAUAGAAGAGCAAAAAGCUUUGGCGUUGCAAUUGCAGAAGCAGAGGCUGCAGAAACAGGAGUUUUUGGUACCUGAUUCAGUCAACUUACAUUUGCGAGUACCUCUCGAGAAGGAGAUUCCUGUCACGAUUGUGCCAGAAGAAAAAAAGGCCACUGAUGGGGAGGAAGAGUUCCCUGAAAUUACAGAGGAAAUGGAGAGGGAAAUAAAGAGUGUACUACGAAGUGGGAACCAGGAUGAGGUGCUGAGCGAAGCCUUCCGGUUGACAAUAACUAGGAAAGAUAUUCAGACUCUUAACCACCUCAACUGGCUCAAUGAUGAGAUAAUUAACUUCUACAUGAAUAUGCUAAUGGAAAGAAGUAAACAGAGGGGCUUUCCAACGGUUCAUGCAUUCAACACAUUUUUCUUCACCAAGUUAAAAACUGCUGGGUACCAAGCUGUGAAGCGCUGGACUAAAAAAGUGGAUGUAUUUUCUGUUGACAUCUUGCUGGUGCCUAUUCACCUUGGUGUCCACUGGUGCCUAGCAGUUAUUGACUUCAGAAAAAAAAGCAUCACCUACUUCGAUUCAAUGGGAGGAACCAACACUGAAGCUUGCAAGAUAUUGUUGCAGUACCUAAAGCAGGAAAGCUUGGACAAAAAGCGGAAGGAAUUUGAUACCAAUGGCUGGCUGCAGCAGAGUAAACGGAGCCAGGAGAUCCCUCAACAGAUGAAUGGAAGUGACUGUGGGAUGUUUGCCUGUAAAUAUGCUGACUGCAUUACCAAAGACAAACCAAUCAAUUUCACUCAGCAACAUAUGCCUUACUUCCGAAAAAGGAUGGUCUGGGAGAUCCUCCAUCGCAAGCUGCUGUGAUUUCAUGUGAAAUGCAGGACCCUUCAGAGACUGCAAACCAGGUUAUUGCCCUUCUUGGCCUGCAUGGGUUUCCUGCUGAAGCUUAAAGACUGUGUACAAUACAUUUUGUGUGGUUUUCUUUUUUUAAAAAAAAAUAAAAAAAAUUAAUGAAUUCUAUUUCGUGGAGCAGUGUGCCAUGGAACUAUUUCAGAAGCACACUUGCCUUUUUCUAUCUUGGAACCCUGUUUUUUUACAAGUGACAUUUGGAGAUGCUGAGGAGUACUGACUUCCACCUUCCGUGAGUUUUCCUCUUUUUACACUCUCAGUCCUUUCGCAAUGGCCAGCUUCUGCAAACACCUUGAAACCUUCCAGGCUUCAACUGUGUGGGGCAUUUGUACUAUUGUAUUGCAUUUACCAAGGCAUGGAGAAAAAAAAGGCUUUCAUGGCAUUCAGUAAGGGCAGUGCUACAGGUUACAAUUGCUGCUGGUGCUCUUCUGCAGCAAAUAAAUUCAUGUGGAAGUACAACGUGCAUGUACAUAUGUGUCUGGGGAAACCUGGUUGUAUAUAUAUGUGUGUGUUUGUUUCUAUAAGUUGCAGAAGAGAACAUGGCUAUCCCCACAGCAGUCAUGACGUGUUGCAUUGCCCUUACUUCCUCGGUUAUUAGGUGGAAAUAAAAUUGCCUGAGAAUGGAAGCUCUGAUAGACACCAGCACAUGAGAAGCAGCUUGCUACAACAUUUUCCAUCACGACUGUGACCUUCUCUUCAGUUCCGUAGCAUGAGAUGGUAAAUGAAAGAUGAACAAUGCCUUUUCUUUGAUGCCCGAGCAGAGGAUCUUCCUAGCAUUUAAAAUCUAUUUCUUCUAGUGAAUUCUCUUCCAACUCAAAAUCCAGAGGCAGCUGCCCUCCUGGGAAGAUGAGUCAUGUCUUGGCUGAGGCAUCCUGCACUGAGAGCCUUCAUUUUAGGUGCCUCCUCUAUGACCUCACAAAGUCAGGCUGUGGGGAUGGAAUCUGAUGCAGAGAGAAAGGGUAGAGCUUUGGGUUGUGAGGCACUUCUGGGGCCCUGUGCCCAAAUGCCUGGGGUCAGACCCUAUAAAAGCCAGCAUCUCUCCCCAUUGAGCUAUUACCAGAAUCUAAGGAAAUCCUGACAUUAGGAAGGACUGUUACAUUGCAUUCUUGAUACAGAAUAGGAUUUGCAAGCCAAUUUGCAGCUACACGCUGAAUAGAAUGCUUAUCUGGCAAGAGGAUGGAACAGUUAUUGAUCGUCAAACCCUUUGUAGAAUUUAGGUACAAUAUGGCGUUUAAAGCUUUUUUUUAUAAUAAUUGGUAAGCUGUUUUGAUACCAUAUAUAUAUUUAUAAACCUUUCUCAAUGGUGCAGCAGUGAACAAAUGUCUGGGUUUUAAGCUCUUUUAUGUUUCCAUUUAAAACUCCUACAGCUGAAUUGAAAUCCUGACCUUUUUUCCUCUCCUGCCCACCACUUUCUGCUUCUGUUCCAGAUAGCCAUUAACGAUGGCAAGUGGAAGACCUCUUCCACUGAGAUGCUUCCUCUUCAAAUCCUGCUUUUAUGUGCUAAUGCAGGAUAAUAUACAGAAUCUGUUUAGUUCCUCUCUGAAACAAAUGUAAGCGGCACUGCCAGCUGCAGCUUGAGAUUUAGCAGCAGGCAGAGAGAUCUUUCACAGAGCCCAAAGCACUUUGAGUCUCGCUGAUUGAUGUAACUUCUAGUUCAGUAUGAGAGGGACUCUAAACUCUCUGGUUCACUCAAAGAUCUUCUCCAGUGCCACUGGCCAAUAUCACAGUCCACUGUGUGCAACUUCUCUGCAGCCAGUUGUUUCAGUGGAGGCGCCACUUAUUCUGUGAUGGCCAAACUCGGCCCUCUAACUGUUUUGGGACUACAGUUCCCAUCAUCUCUGACCACUGGUCCUGUUAGCUAGGGAUGAUAGGAGUUGUAAAACAGCUGGAGGGCCAAGUUUGGCCAUCAUUGACUUAUAUUAAAUGGACAUCAGCAGAUGUGCUUGGUAUCUGUACCUGCUGAGGCCAACAAAGGUGAGAUGCAGUUGGAAUUUAGGCGCAAAUUAUGUAGGACUACUUACUAAGUUCACAUGCCACACAUACCUCUUGAUGUACCAUUUUUUUAUUCUAAAGAAUAAAGUAAUGUCCUCUUGUAUUUUUGCCAUCAGAUAGGGAACAUUUUAUAUAUUCUGUACCUGUAAACAAUAGUUUUGUACAAAUUUCAUUGCACUUCCUUAAGUUGUGCUCUUCCUAGACAAGUUUGUACCUUUUCUCUAUCUGUGUUUUCUUUUUAUACCAGGCUCUUUGGUGAUCCUUUUUCUAUGUUUUUCUCUAAGUGAUCUGAAAUUCUGUAUUUUUUUUGUAAUGUGUUAUUCUUAAAUAAACCCAGCUGUUGAAAUAAUAA